AUGGCAUUCCUCAGACCCGUUUCGUCGCUUCGCUCCGCCGCUACCCUGCGGCCGACAGUGGCCUCGUCCAGGCCCAUGCUGGCCUUCGCCACACGAUCGUAUGCGCACUCUGGCUAUGGCGACGGCAAAGGCGAUCCUGCUGGCGAAAACCCGCAGAAGCAGCCGCCCGCAAAGUCCCGGGACAUCGAGCACCCUGGCCCGCCUCCCCCGGACGUCGGCAAGGGCACCGAUGCCUCGGCCGCGACGACGGGCAGCAAAGGCACGAGCAGCGGCGGCGGCGGCGGCGGCGAGAAGAAGUCUCAAAACAGUCAUGCAGUGAAAGGUGCGGAGCCCAAGAUUCUGAACGAGAACCCGCCCUCGGAGCAAGAUCCCGAGGUGCAGCAGCACAAUAAGGAAAUGGAGCAACGCGCUGAGAGGGCGGAGACGAAGAUCAGCAAUGAGGACGCAGAGAAGGACAAGGUGCCGGCCAGCUUCUGGUCCGGUAAGUGUCUCCCUCUUGCAGAGAUCGCGGUACGGGUUACUGAUGGUGUUGGUGCAGGCCACGGCGGAACCAAGGGCGCCUAG